CGUUCACUCACAAUGCUCACAACCGGUAAUAUCUUAAUUUGUUCUUUUUAAUUUAUGUGACAAAGUAAUUUGUAUGCAGUGCAAACACUUGUGAUAAUUAGAAAGUUUAAACCGAAUUGGACUUAUGGACAUUUGAAAUGUGGAGCUUUUUUGUUAUUUUGGUCUUUGGCUGUUCUUGGGUAGAAGGUCAGAAUGGCAGAGAAGAACAUAAUCACGAACACCAUGGGAAUGGUUGGGACAUAAGAUUAGCAGUGCCGGGUGAACCUGGCUCCGACUAUCCCAUUCUGGGCACCAUUCCCAAAACAUCCUUCUCGUGUGCUGGAAGAGAACCAGGAUACUAUGCUGAUUUGGAAACAAAUUGCCAAGUAUUCAGAAUUUGCACUGUGGGUUCUACUUACGGCUUUCAAUCGUUUCUUUGUCCCAAUGGAACACUCUUCAAUCAAGCUGUAUUCGUUUGUGACUGGUGGAUGAAUGUCAACUGUGAGAAAUCAGAAGAACUAUUUAACAACAAUAAUGAAAGAUUCGGCAAUUUAAGAUUGGGACCACAACUUAUGAAAGAUGUAAAAAAAAUGCUGAUGCAUCCUAUGAGGAAUCCUUAUGAUAAAACAACAAUGAAGAGUAAUCUUGUUGUUAUGCAGACAUACAAACCUCCGUUUGGCCAAAUGUAUCCAAAUGCCGCAUUAUUAGCUUAUACAGACCGAACUCCUAAAAAUGUGUAUCUACCACCACAGCAAUUACAAAGUCCAAUUCAAAACGGUGACAAUAAUGAUAUUUCAUUUUCUGCAUCAACACCUCAACCACUAUAUUUACCAGCCUCUUUUAAUGCUGCACAAAAUACACCUCAAGGAGAAGCAGAAGUCUUUCAAAGACAAAAAGAGCAAAGAACACAUCAUAAUCAAUUUAAAAAUAUUAUAACCAGCAGCCAAUCUGAUCGUUUUGCACAGAACAGUAACGCAUUAAAUUCAAACAAUAAUAAUUAUUCCCAAAUAACACGACCCAUUCAAAGGAACAAUGUUCUAGUAAAUGCUCAAUAUGGGCAAAAACAAGAAAUAAAUACUAACCCUACUUUUGUUAUACCAAAUCAAACAAACAAUCCGAAAGGACAGGUUAGUCUACAGAAUUCACAAUAUGACAAUAAUUUUAAAUUCACUCAAUUUAAUACUGGGAAGCAACAACAAUACUCUUCUAAUCAAGAUAAUGAAGCAUAUAUAUACAAUACACCCACUCCAAGAUUCAAUGAAAUCACUAAACAUGAAGAAGCAAAACAAAAUUUGGUAAGUACAAAAGGUGACACAAUUCCACCUACUAUAAUAACAAGAACACUAACUUUUAGUAGACUUGUAAAUGAACCAAAACCAGGAAAACCAAAAUCACGUGUGACUGUCAAAACAUGGAUUGUUAAACCGAAACCAAAAUCGGCUAAAGUAAUCCAAGCCACCUCAACUUCUUACACAUACGACAGACCUACACGAGCCCCCACUGAAACAUUAACCGACCCAAUUACACCUUAUAUAUAUAGAAAGCCUGUAUCUACAUUUUCACAGUCACAAGUUAUUUUAGAAACAGAAAAACCAUAUAUUUAUAGUAGGCCAACUAUUGCCGCUAAACAGAAAAUUACACCUGAUGUAACACCUUAUCCUUUUCCAACUGUAGAAAGUCAAGUAACUGUAAAACAAACAUCUCCAUUACCAACAAAGGCCUCUCGCCUAUAUUUAGUUCCCACCACUUUUAAACCAGCGGCGAAAUUAUAUUUACCGCCACUUGAAAACGAAUCUCCAAGUCCUAUUAUAUUAUCUCGACAAUAUCUCUCUCCUAAUUCUAUGCCACAACCCACAUACUAUUCUGGACAGUUGCGAGUAGCUCCUACUAGCGCACCAGUACCUACGUAUACAAUUCCUACUACAGUAACAACAAAUGAACCGCCAUUUUCAAUUAUGAAACGACCUCGUGUUAAUAAUAAUCAAAACAACCUAACAUUUACUGAUAUAUUAACCAAAGAAAAAUUAGAUAUUACGGUGAAUGAUAUAGUAAAAGAUACAAGUAAAUUUUUAAGUACCGCACCUUCUGGACAAUAUGGUCAAUAUAAACAAGAAAUUGCGCAAUCUAACUAUCCUGAAGAUAAUUAUUUACCACCUCAUGAAAGCAUUGAAAGUGUUGAAAAUUUGACUUCACAAAUUCCUACUAUUGCACCUUCUAGCUCACGACUUGUUGUAAGCCCUUCUGUAGAUUUAGAACCUCCUGAAGAAUCUUAUGAUAUUAAACAAAGUAAUAAUGAACUUUCUAAUCUACCUUUUUUUAAAGAACCACCAUUCCGAACGAAUACAAUUGAAAGAACAGUUUCUUUAAAAAUUACUAUUCCGGAAAAAGUAGCCUCUUAUUUAUUUAGAAAACGUAAUGAAAGUGACUUUGAUAGAUUAGAAAUAUUAAAUACCGGGAGCAGUAAUUAUUUAGUAUUAACAAAUAAUCCGUUCACUAAAAGUAACAGUGGCAAUUUUAUCCCCAUAGGUAAACUAAUAGAAGAUAAAAAUUCAAGUAUUUCUAAUUCACAGGCACUAGUAUUUUCUCUUUUGGCUGACUCCAUCAACAUUGCUAAAGAAUAUAAUAAUGUUAUACAUGAAAACAUGUUACCUACACCGAAGAUAGCACAGUUCCAAAACGUCAACAGUGAACAAUUAGCGCAAAUCACGAAUACUAUAUCUCAACUUACAUCAUCACAGUAUUCUGGAAAUAAUUAUAACAAUAUAAACAAAGCAAAAAUUAUAUCUACACCACUAACGCCACCAAAUACAGGCUAUCAAUACAGAGAAUUGGCAGAGCAAGUCACAAAAAAUCAGCAACAAAUUCAAUCAAAUGAUUUUCUACCUUCGACUAUACCGACUCCACAACAGACAAAUCAAAACAUCUUUAUGACACAAUUUCAGAAUGGAAAGAGUAAUCUGAAUUCCAAUUAUCAGACACAUAUGUCUGAUCAAAAUCAAAUAUACAGUGGACAAUUAUAUCAACUUCCAGUACCAGAUGUGAUUGAUCAAAUAUACAAUAGGCAAAGUUUUAGCCAAAGUUCGGCUAAUAAUGCUCAAUCUCAGGUUAGCUCAAAUUUAAAUAAUAUUAACAAUGUGCGGUCAAGUAGCACGGAAAUUGAAACAGUAAAAUCGAAAACUAUGCCUGCAAGAUUACAACUACCUCCAUCGGAUGAGUCAAAUAACAUCCAUGAGAAUAUUAAUAAAUAUCUCAGCCCUGAUAAUACAAUAUCAGCGCAGAUACGAGACAAAAUUGUUGGUACUAUUGUCCAUCCGUUGGAAGAUAAUAAAUUAGUAAACUAUGAAAAAGAUCAAACGUAUAUCGUGUACAGUAAAGCAAAUAAUGUUAAUGGGCAAACUAAUUCGUUUUCUCUACAAACGAGUCCAGUGCAAAAUCAGCAAAGAGCUAGAUUAAUUCAAGGCACAAGCAUGCCUAAUCAAAUAUCAUUUCAAUUAAUCCCUUCUAUAGGAUAUCAAUUAGAAGACGAAAAAGAACAACAAAAAAUCUUAAAUGCUUUCCAAAUUAAUGAAUUUGGUAGCCCUAAAACGAAAACAGGUCAAAUUGUCAAAUCAAACACAAGACAAGAUAUUAUAGCAAGCGACAUAAAUUAUACGGUGGAUCAUACUUCCUCGACUAAUAACCAAAUUAACAGUCAAUAUAAUAAUAUCAACAGUUUAUAUGCUGGACCAUCCUCAUAUUCUGCACCUCAGUCAUCCAUAGGUAAUUUAAUACAAAGGCAAGAUAUUAAUUCUAGAUCAGAACUAAAUGAAAAUAAUGGUUAUUCUAGAAUAAUACCUGAACGUCCUUAUUUAGUAUAGAUUUUUAUUAUCUUAAGGGUAAUGAUAGUCAAGAUUUCAAUAUAAGAUUAGCAUUAUAAUUUAUAGGUACUUAGUUGUUAAUUAAAUUGCUGAUGUAAAUAAUAAUAAUUUUAUAGCUUUAAUUUUUAAACCAAAAUAUAUAUUUU